AAGUAACUUCCGGAGCGAGUUCGAAGUUCUGCACAAAGCACAGUCUCCGCAAUGCGUUUCUCGCUGUCGGUCCUGCUGCUCGUGGGCGGCUGGUUUGCCGCCCCCGCUAACGCCGCCUCCACCGCCCCCGCCACGGUGCCUCUCUACCUCAAGUUCAUGGCCGACCAGGCCGAGCGCUACGAAUCUGGACACUCCAAUCCCGGACAGUGGCAGCGCAUGGCCAGCUCCGUCGCGCCACACCAUGUCCACGCAAGCGAGUUCUUUGUGAAGAUGAAGUUUUUGGUUCCGAACGAUGAGUGGAGUCUGCAGGAGAACCGCUCGUUGCUGCUGGUGCUCACGCCACGCGCAAAUCAUGACGAGAACCUGUCGGUGGUGGUUAGGGGCUUAGAGGGGGACAGAACGCCGUGGCAAAUGACCACGCCGCUGUCCGUCGAGAAGAACUUCCUCAAGCUCAACCUGACCGAGCACAUCGACCCAAAGCGCCAGGAGUUGCUGCAACUGGAACUGCUCUUCUUGAACGAACGAGGCCGCCAGGUCGACCCUGAUGAAGCUGUUAUCGUAACUGGACUUGAGCAUGGACCACUACUCGUCAUCACAGAGAACAAUGAUGAGUCAGCGAAACGGGCGGUGCGUCCCCGUCGGAUGACUGCACCGGUGUUCCCGCACGGGCUGCCAGGAUGCCGGCUGGAGCAUUGGGCACCUGAGGCGACGCAGGUGGGCUGGGCGGACGUCGUCUACCCGCGCACUUUGCGGCUCAAUCUGUGCGUGGGCCAGUGUCCGCGGCCGGUGCUGCACCACAGCCUGAAGCCGUCGAGCCACGCGCUCGCCCGCAGCGCCUUCAAGUCGCGGCACGCGCAGCAGGCUCUCAACUACCCUGACGUGCAGUGCGUGCCCAUCCGCUUCAGGCCCACCUCGCUUGUGCUCGAGCUCUCCAAGGGCAACUACACCCUCGUGCUCAGCGAAGACCUCGCCGCCAUGGACUGCGGCUGCCGCUGACCCUGCUCUUCCCUGACCUUUUUUAGGCCGAUCAAAUUAAAUGUCUCAAAUACCGACACGUCAGGGUCCGAAUUGAAAAUUUUAUUGCAUUUAACAUCCGUGCUCCGUUGUAAAAACAUAUUGAUUUUUUGAACUUUUGACUUGAAAAUCUUCAAUUGUGAUCUUAAAAUUUUGAAAACAGACAAGGAGGUAGAGUUGGGAAUUUAAUACGGGGCUAUUUUUUGAUGUUUUAAGACAGUUUAGUUUUGAUUCUAUGGCAAAUUUCGAUUAUUUUUAGCAAAAAUUCAUCACAAUAGGAAAUUUAUCGUGGUCCAAGAUCUUUAAAAGGAUAAAACAGACCAAAAAAUAACUGGCCAGUCUCGGCUUUUAACCGAUUACAACACUAACCUGGAUUACACAAGACUAAAAACAACAAACGACCAAACAACGAGAAAUUUGUGAUUUUUAAGAGAAAUUUCGUUAAUAUUAUAUAGUGCUUAGAAAACAAGCAAUGGCUUAAAAACUAGUUCAACUUCAGAAUUCAUACAUUUUUUUUAAUUGUAUUAUUAAUGAUAAUGAAUGCCCUUUUUAAAUCGUACAUACACAAAAAUAUAUAGAACGUUUUUCGCGUUCUUUAAUUUAAGGUUUUAUCGACCUUCAUAAGCGAUUUAGAGGAUUUCAAACAGUUUUUUACUCCAAAGACGGUUUUAAAACCGAUUUCAAUUUUUGUGACUUGAAAGUAUUAAAAUUACGUUGUUCGUUCUCGUAUGGUGUCUUAAAUUUAUUUACACGCACAGAAAAAAAUAUUUGAUUAAUGGUCUUAAAUUCCCAACCCUAAAGAAAUCAGAGAACCGCACUACUUACAAAAUGCUUCCUGCACCAAAUCCAAUAAGUAAGUUAGAAAGUAAGAAAUUGUCCACUUGGGAAAUCUACUCAACUUUGUAGUUGGUAAUUAAACUUCUUUGGAGAGGAAAAAUUUGCUGUAACUAAAACUUUGAAAUCUAUUUAUUUAUUCAAUUUUCGGAGCAAAAGUACAGCUAAGUUACAAGUAGUGUUGAAUGUUGUCAUUCUAUACGAUUCAAGCCUUUGAAAUGAAAAAAGAUAGGGCCCUAUACCUAACUGCUCUACUCAUUAUUUGUUGAAAAAUCACUAAUUUAGGGUCCCAAAUUUCCCCGUACGUCCUACUUUAGUGGUCUAGUUAGAUUUGAAGUAAAAAGCUUAAAUUUCUUUACAAAAAUUUCACGAGUUGUCGUUUUCCAAGUCUGGCUAUUGACAUUCCAAGUAUAUUGCAACAAUUCAGGUAUACUAGUGAUGUAAGUGCCUAUGAAUCGAAUGAAAAAUUGGCUACUAGCUCAAAAUCUGAGACCGUACGUGAGUUUUAUUCCUAAUUUCGUUCGUAAAUAAGUUAGCUGAAAUGUUACCAUUUAUAGUGCUAGCCAAACUAUAAAUAUUUGCUUACUUUCGCAAUUUUACAUGACAUUUUUAGCAUUUUAAUGAAAUUGUAAAUUGUCGCUUUAAGUAUUGUGAGUGAAGUUGUAUUUUUGACGUAGAAAGCAAAUAAAUUGAUAAAGGCGA